AUGGGGAUACCUGGAAUGAGCAAUCAGAAUAAUGGACAACAAUGGUUAGGCAUAACCGAGCCCAUUUCAUUGGCUGGACCAACUGAGGAAGAUGUGAACAAGACUCGUGAACUUGAAAAGUAUUUGCAAGGUGUUGGAUUGUAUGAGAGUCAGCAGGAGGCAGUGGGUAGAGAGGAAGUGCUUGGCAGGCUGGAUCAGAUUGUGAAGAUUUGGGUCAAGACCAUUAGCCGGGCAAAGGGAUUCAAUGAACAACUGGUGCACGAAGCAAAUGCUAAGAUUUUCACUUUUGGCUCCUAUCGGCUAGGGGUGCAUGGCCCUGGAGCUGAUAUCGAUACCCUUUGUGUGGGACCAAGACAUGCAACCAGAGAAGAAGAUUUCUUUGGCGAGUUACAGAGGAUGCUAUCUGAGAUGGAUGAAGUAACUGAAUUGCACCCUGUGCCUGAUGCUCAUGUCCCUGUGAUGAAAUUCAAGUUCAAUGGAGUUUCUGUAGAUCUCCUGUAUGCAAGAUUGGCAUUGUGGGUUAUUCCUGAAGACUUGGAUGUAUCACAGGAAUCAAUACUACAAAAUGUAGAUGAGCAAACUGUUCUCAGUCUCAAUGGAUGUAGAGUGACUGAUCAAGUCCUGCGUUUAGUUCCAAAUAUUCAGAGUUUUCGCACAACAUUGAGAUUCAUGAGGUUUUGGGCAAAGCGUCGUGGUGUAUAUUCUAAUGUUGCUGGAUUUCUUGGUGGUAUUAAUCUGGCAUUGCUUGUUGGUCGAAUAUGCCAGCUCUAUCCUAAUGCGUUGCCUAAUAUGCUGGUGUCUCGAUUCUUUAGAGUAUAUACUCAGUGGCGAUGGCCAAAUCCAGUCAUGCUAUGUGCUAUUGAAGAAGGAUCUCUUGGACUAUCGGUUUGGGAUCCUAGAAGAAAUCCCAAAGAUAGAUAUCAUCUGAUGCCUAUAAUUACUCCUGCUUAUCCUUGCAUGAACUCUACUUACAAUGUGACAACAAGUACACUGCGUAUUAUGUCGGAGGAGUUUAAGAGGGGAAGUGAAAUAUGUGAGGCUAUGGAGGCUAGCAAGGAUGAUUGGGAUACUCUUUUUGAGCCUUAUCCCUUUUUUGAAGCUUACAAGAAUUACUUACAGAUAGACAUUACAGCAGAGAAUCCCGACGACCUUAGACAAUGGAAAGGAUGGGUUGAGUCUCGUCUCCGCCAGUUGACACUGAAGAUUGAGAGGUACACUUAUGGCAUGCUUCAGUGUCACCCUUAUCCUGGCGAAUUUUCAGACAAAUCUAGAUCCUUCCACCACUGUUACUUCAUGGGUCUGCAGCGUAAACAAGGAGUUCCGGUAAAUGAAGGUGAGCAAUUUGAUAUAAGGCUAACUGUAGAUGAAUUCAAGCAUUCUGUUAACGCGUACACUCUAUGGAAACCGGGAAUGGAUAUCCGCGUCUCUCAUGUGAAACGCCGUAACAUACCAAACUUCAUAUUUCCUGGCGGUGUUCGGCCUUCCUUCUCUUCUAAAGUAGCCGGUGAGAAUAAACAAAGUUCGAAAUCAAGGGUUAGUGGCCAAAGUCAAGCUGAAAAGUCUCAAGGAGGUAAAACAGUUGUACUUGGAGCCGGUGAUGAAAGGAAGAGAAAGCGAUUGGAGGAUAAUAAUAACUCGAGGGUUUCAAAGUCCUUUGUAUCUUCUUCCCCUCCAAACAAGGAAGUUCAUGAAGAUGUAACUCCUAUUAGUGCUACUAGUACUUGUUCUAUGAAAUUGGAUGACUCUGAAGUCAACAGUAUGGCUGCACAGAAGAGUGAGGUACCUCGUCUAAAAUCGGUUGAUAAAGUUCCUUCCGGGGAUAGUGAAACCAAUGGAUCAGUAAUGGGAAACCAGCAAGUUACUGCUCCUGAUACAUCAAACAAUAAAGAAGAAGAACGACUAGCUAUCGAGCAGAUUAUGUCUGGUCCGUAUGACGCUCAUCAAGCUUUGGCCGAAGAACCUGAUGAGCUUGAAGAAGAUUUGGGGUAUAAAAAUCAAGUCGAAGAUAAUGGUGGGAGUGUGAAAAACAACUCUGACUCUUCAAACUCAAAGUUUGCAGUGGUGGAAGAGCUAGUUAUUCCUAAGGAAACUGUUUGUUCAACUCAAUCAUUCUCUAAUGGAGGCUUGGAGGAGCUUGAGCCUGCUGAGCUGAUGGCACCAUUGUUAUGUGGGAUUCCUGCUCCUCUACCACAGAGGAAGCCUCUUAUCAGGUUGAACUUCACUUCUUUAGGGAAAGCAGUGGAUAAAAGUUCUUAG